UCGCUGGGGCAACAACAUGGCGAACGCCGGUAGCGUGACCGUUGAUGGAGACAUGAUGAGAUAUGCUGAAUAUGCUCCGAAAACAAACGUCAGGAGCGACGCAGAAAUAGACAGACGGCUGGGAGGGACUCUGAUUGCAGUCGGUCUCGGUGUUGCUGCUGCAGGUUUUGCAGGCCGCUAUGCAUUUCAGCUGUGGAAACCUCUCGGACAGGUUUUCUCUGAAACUGUCAGGAAGAUGCCCACAUCGGCUUUCUCGUCAUAUUACAAAGGAGGUUUUGAGCAGAAGAUGUCCAAACGAGAGGCCAGCCUCAUUCUUGGCAUCAGCCCCACCAGCACAAAAGUCAAAGUACGUGAGGCCCACCGGAGGAUCAUGGUCCUGAAUCAUCCAGAUAAAGGUGGUUCACCGUAUCUUGCCGCUAAGAUCAACGAGGCCAAAGACCUUUUGGACAAGGAGACGCGCCGAUGACCUGCACAGUCAACCAACUUUAAAGACCUCCAUCAACUCGUGCAUCAUCUCCGCUCCAUCGACAUCGACACCAACGCAUCUGCUCUGACUCCUGAAGAUGGCAAAAAAUACACAUUUAUGAAAAUUUCAUUCCCAACAAGGUUGCUUAUCUUUGAAAACAUUGUGCACAUUAAAAUAAGUCGUACAAAGAGAGAA